UCCUGUGCUUUCUCACCGAGUGCUAGGCUGCUAGCAGCCAUCAGAGAGCAAGGCGCGCUCCGGCGGCGUCGUCGCCAUGGCCAACAGCGCGCCGCCGGGCGGCGCGUGGUCCUCCGGGCUCUGCGACUGCUUCGACGACGUCGGCGGCUGCUGCCUGACGUUCUUCUGCCCGUGCGUCACAUUCGGGAGGAUCGCCGGCAUCGUGGACCAGGGGGCCACCUCCUGCUGCGCGAGCGGGGCGCUCUACCUCCUGCUGUCGGCGGCGGCGGGGCUGGGCUGCCUCUACUCCUGCUGCUACCGCUCCAGGCUGCGGGCCCGCUACGGGCUCGCCGACAAGCCCUGCGCCGACUGGUGCGUCCACCUCUGCUGCGAGCCCUGCGCGCUCUGCCAGGAGUACCGCGAGCUCAAGGCGCGCGGAUUCGACAUGUCCCAAGGAUGGGAGGAGAACAUGGAGAGGAUGGGGAAAACAGGCGGCGCUGCAGCAACCGCCCCGCCCCACAUGAACCCCGGGAUGUCGCGCUAG